UAUUUACGGACUUGCCUUCCAAUUGUGUCGUUAUCAACCCUAAGUGCAUGACAGAAGUGUUUUUAAAGUACUUCACACAUAAAUCACAAAAUCUAAGCGCCUGCACCUUGAACCAGCGUUCCUCUGGAAGCGGUCAUGUGUUUGAUGACAGCCCCCAGGCUCGGGCGAUGUUUCGGAAGGCAGACAGAGACCAGAACGAGUACCUUACGUACGGGGAGUUCCAGAACGUGUUCCGUUCCUAUGACAACAACACUGACGGUCUUGUGACCAGCGCAGAGUUCCUGGAGCAUUGGCAAGAUGAGAUGAACGGCACGGUGACACAAGGCCUGCACGUGUUCAUGAUCCUUGACGUCGACAAGGACUUUAUUCUGGAGAUCACAGCAGAAAUUCCGCACAUUUACCACUGGUUUGACUUUAACUCUGACUGGAAGGUAACAGAAGGAGAAUUUGUGGUCCAGUGGGUGAAAAUAUCAACAUAACAUUUAUUUUACCCUUAUUCAAUGGCUUGAUCGCUUCUGUUCCAUAACGUUGUAACGUUUCGUUAGGCGAAAAAAUAAAUGAAUCUACUUUA